AUGGUGCUGCCGCCCCCGGACCGGCGCCACGUGUGCCUGACCACGCUGGUGAUCAUGGGCAGCAUGGCGGUCAUGGACGCGUACCUGGUGGAGCAGAACCAGGGCCCGCGCAAGGUCGGCGUGUGCAUCAUCGUGCUGGUGGGCGACGUGUGCUUCCUGCUGGUGUUGCGCUACGUGGCCGUGUGGGCGGGCGCCGAGGUGCGCACGGCCAGGCGCGGCUACGCCAUGGUUCUCUGGUUUCUCUACAUCUUCGCGCUGGAGAUCAAGCUCUAUUUCAUCUUCCAGAGCUACAAGGCGGCGCGGCGCGGCGCGGCCGACCCGCUGGCGCGCAAGGCGCUGACGCUGCUGCUGUCGGUGUGCGUGCCCGGCCUCUUCCUGCUGCUCGUGGCGCUCGACCGCAUGGAGUACGUGCGCACCUUCCGGAAGCGCGAGGACCUGCGCGGCCGCCUCUUCUGGGUGGCGCUGGACCUGCUGGACCUGCUGGACAUGCAGGCCAGCCUGUGGGAGCCGCCGCGCACCGCGCUGCCGCUCUGGGCCGAGGGCCUCACCUUCUUCUACUGCUACGCGCUGCUGCUGGUUCUGCCGUGCGUGGCGCUCAGUGAGGUCAGCAUGCAGGGCGAGCGCGUCGCGCCGCAGAAGAUGAUGCUCUACCCGGUGCUCAGCCUCGCCACCGUCAACGUGGUGGCCGUGCUGGCGCGCGCCGCCAACAUGGCUCUCUUCCGCGACAGCCGCGUCUCGGCCAUCUUCGUGGGCAAGAACGUGGUGGCGCUCGCCACCAAGGCCUGCACCUUCCUGGAGUACCGCCGCCAGGUGCGCGACCUCCCACCGCCCGCGCUGGCUCUGGAGCUGCAGCCCCCAGCCCCCCGGCGCAACUCGGUGCCGCCGCACGCGCCGCUGCACGGCCAGCCGGGCCGCCCCCACGGGCCCUCACCCACGCGAGACGCCCUGGACACGUGA